UCUGGUUACUUUCGCUACAGUCCGGUCGUGAGAUUACAGAGAGCACACGCACCUUUGAAGAACAUCAUUUGAACCAAACAUGAAGCUACUUCUGUGUUUUGCAGCGCUGGCUGCUGUUUACUGCUCAGUGGAGUCCAAAUUCAAUCCUCCCAAAGUCCAGGUGUACAGCGAAAAACCAGGAAAGUACGGGGAUGACAACAUGCUCAUCUGCCACGUGAGCGACUUCCACCCCCCUGACAUCAGCAUCCAGCUUCUGAAGAACGGACAAGUGAUCCCCAAUGCCGAGCAGACCGACCUGGCCUUCAACGGGAACUGGCACUUCCAUCUGACACAGAACGUGGCCUUCAAACCACAGGAGGGAGAGAUGUACCUCUGUCGCAUCACUCACAACUCCAAAAUGACCGAUUUUGCCUGGGAGUCAAACAUGUAAGGAUGAGCAAAGUUCCAGCCUGGCAAAUUCAUUUCUUCAUCCAUUUGGUUUCAGUGAAGCUGCGCCACCACUCGGCCAGAUGAUUUUUCCAAUGGAAUCGCCAUUGUCAUGUCAUUUUUUUUCUUCUCUUUCUGAAAGGGAUGUCAGGGGGUUUGACUCAAAUUCACUAUUCAAAUCUUCAAUCUACAGGAUUACAAAAUAUCAAGAUUCUUCUGGCUUCACCUUAUCCACAAAUCAAAUUAUCAAUAUCACAGUAGGGGGAAUGUAAAUUUUCAACUGCUUGGUCAUUUAUGAGAGAAAGUAGGAACUGUCAGUCCUUUGUAAUUCAUCACUGUUUUAUGUUUUCCAGCUUUUGAUGUUUUAAAUUUGUUUUAUAUUUGGUUAAAAUAAUAAAAUGUGCUUGUUUAUUUAGACUCUUGACAGUUUGACACUAUUUCACAGAUUAAAAUUGGGUUAACUGGUCUUGUUAAUGACAAGUUAUUUUCUGGACCCGAUAAUAUGAGUGUGUUCUCUCACUUUUGAAUAAACAACUCUUGUGAAAA